GCUGUUCCCAUCCAGGUGGCAGCACUUCACUGCUCUUCCUCCACCGGGACUUGGUGCAUUGAGUUUGCAAAGAAAACCGUUGUCACUGGAGAUAGGAAACAGGCGACCUUCCCUCCUCCAGCAGCGUGCCGGGAUAGCUCUGUUGAAUUCUCUGCGCUGAGAAGCAUAAGGGUUUGCCAGAUAAAGGGUUUGUGUAUGGCUUAUUGUUGGGCUGAAUUUUCCUCUCUUGGCCAAGGCUCAGGAAUUUCCUGAGUAACUUUUUUUUUUUUUUUUUUUUCCCUACGAAAUCCGCCUGGGCAACUCCACAACAAUACGCUCUGUUUGCUUUUUAUAACGUAAAUAAAUCUGAAGCUCUGCCAAGGAGGAAGGGGGGGGAGUGAGGGGUUGUGUGAGGAAUGCCUUUUGGCAGAAAUGUCCACGUGAAGGAGCAGUUGCGUGAAGAGAGGAGCUCCGAGCAGAGCCACUGGCCAGAGUCUCCCCGACAGCCCCACGUCCAGAGGCGCAUUGCACAGAGCGAGCUUUGGAUCCCUGUCAAACCCUCCCAUUAAGAACAUGGUCAUUCCUUGGGCUGGGCACACACAUCCCUGAAAUCAGCUGAUAUUGAACAUCCAUGUGGGUGAUGUGGAGAAUAAUAAGGGAGAGGGUGAUGUGAAUAUAAAUAUUUGAAGAAGAUAAGCUGCAUCUCAACUGCCAGCACUGCAAGGCAUCAUUCCCCAAAGUGAACAGGACAGCGUACACUUUCCUCUCUAUGACUAGGAGCUUUGGAAGGGUUUGGUCUCUAUAUGCUCUAGGAAUUCCACCUGCGACUUUGCAUACAGAAGAUCAAGGAACGAUUGUCUGGAAGUGUACUUGAGCAGCAGAAGAGUUUGGCUGUGUACAAAGAUGAGGAGACUUCAGAGAAAUCUGAGUGUGUUCCAGCAAACCAAAAUUCUCUUGUGGAAAAAUGUACUCAUCAAAUGGAGGAUGAAAAUGCAGAGUUUUCAAGAGUGGAUGCUGUCCCUGCUCUUCCUGCCGCUGAUGUUCAUAGUGGGCAACUUCAUGCUGUACAUCCGCUACCCCGAGGUGCCGCACAGCCGCCUGGGGCAGCUGGAUGACCCUGCCUACAAUGCCACCGGCGUCACCGUCGCUUUCACCCCCGUCACUGCGGCCACCAGGCACAUUAUGAACACAGUGGCCUCAAAGUCUGUGAUGACGGGGAUAAAACUGGAGGCAGCGGACACUGAGAGAGCCUUGGAGGAAGCCUGGAUUUUGAAUAAAGAGAUUCUAGGGGUUGUAUUUAAAAACAACUUCUCCUAUCACCUCCGGUUUCCUGUUGAGAAUGUGAUUUUUCCAAAUGAAAACCUUGGAUAUAUAGAUACCUGUUACAAUUACUCAGAGCGAUACUGCAACAGCCCCAGGUACUGGUACAAAGGUUUCCUGUCUCUGCAGUCCAGCAUUGAUGCUGCUAUUAUAGAGGUGGUGGCAAAUCAUUCUGUUUGGGAAGAAAUGAAAUCCAUUUCUGGUGUGCGCAUGAAGUCCCGGAGUGUCAUCUCCUCAAUUACAUUAGAGUACAGUUAUUUCAUGAUUACCAUUGUGAUGUGCUUCUCUUCGUUCAUGUAUUUCUUAUCCGUGAAUGUUGUAAGAGAAAAGAAGAAGCUCAAAGUACUGAUGAAGUUGAUGGGGCUACACGAUAUGGCAUUUUGGCUCUCCUGGAGCCUGCUGUACGCUGUCUACGUGCUGGUCCUGUCCUGCCUGCUGACUGCCCUGGUGGUGCAGGAGACUUUCUACGCCAGCAGCUUCUCUGCCAUCCUACUGCUGCUCUUCCUGUAUGGCCUUGCAUGUGUCCACCUGGUCUUCAUGCUCUGCUCCCUCCUGAGAACAUCCAAACUUGUGGGCUCCAUGGGGUUCCUCAUCACCUUUCUCUUCGGCUGCCUGAGCCUCUCAGUGCUGGUAGAAAACCUUCCAGAACCUUUGAAUUGGUUUCUCAGCCUCUUUUGUCCUUUUGCAUUCAAUGCUGGCAUUGCAAAGAUUUUCAAUUUGGAAAGAUAUGGAAUAGGUUUCUCUUUUUCUAACCUGAUGGAGGAAUCAUACUUUUUACUUUCAACCUACAUUAUGCUGACCUUUGACUCGGUCUUGUACAUGCUGUUAGCUAUCUACUUCGACAAAGUUCUGCAGGGUAAAUACGGCAUCCCAGCCCCGCCACUUUUCUGCCUGAAGCCCUCGUAUUGGAUGCGGAGCAGGAGGGGCUCCCCUGGGGAAGGCCACAGAGGUGCUGGGAGCCCCGAGGACCCCCCAGGGGACGAUGUGGAGCCAGUGCCCCUUGAGUUCAGGGGGAAGGAGGCCAUCAGAUUCAACAAUAUUAAAAAAACAUACAAAAAGAAAGACAAGAAGACAGAAGCCUUGAGAGGUUUGUCUUUAAAUAUUUACGAGGGUCAGAUCACUGCCUUGCUCGGGCACAGUGGGGCUGGAAAGACAACACUGUUGAAUGUGCUCAGCGGGCUGACUUUACCUUCUGAAGGCUCUGCAACCAUCUAUGACUACAAGCUCUCAGAGAUAGGAGAUAGGGAAGAGAUCAGAGAGAUGAUCGGUGUUUGCCCACAAUUCAACACACAGUUUGAAGUCCUAACAGUGAAAGAAAAUUUGCAAACCUUUGCAGAGAUCAAGGGCAUCAAAUCCAAAGAGGUAGAGCGAGAGGUGCAAAACAUUUUGGAACUGCUGGAUAUCAGUAAUGUGCGAGACACUCAAGCUGAGAAACUGAGUGGUGGGCAAAAAAGGAAGCUAUCCAUUGGAAUAGCCAUGCUUGGGAACCCACAGGUGCUGCUCCUGGAUGAGCCAACAGCGGGGCUGGAUCCUCUUUCCCGGCACCAGGUGUGGAGCAUCCUCAAGGAGCACAGAGCUGGCCGGGUGAUCCUCUUCAGCACCCAAUUCAUGGAUGAGGCCGACAUCCUGGCAGACCGCAAGGCUUUUAUCUCACAUGGGAGGCUGAAGUGCGUCGGCUCCUCUUUGUUCUUGAAGAAUAAGUGGGGGAUCGGCUAUCACCUAAGGAUCCAUGUCAGUGAUUCUUGUGACAUAGAGAAUGUGACAUCUCUGGUUAAGCAGUACAUCCCCAACGUCAUAUUCUCAGGACAUGGUCAAUAUGAGCUGAGAUACAAACUGCCAUUAGGAAACGUGAAUAAAUUCCCAGAUCUCUUCAGGGGCCUCGACAGCUGCUCUGACCAGGGAAUCAUCAAUUAUGGAGUUAGCAUGACGACCCUGGAGGAUGUCUUCCUGAGACUGGAAGAAGCUGCAGUGGAUCAAGAAGAUGAACGUGUCCCUGGGGAGUGGGCAGAAGGAGGAGCACGGAGCCCAGAGGAGAUGGAGCCAGGCUCUCUGCUGCUCUCGGACACUGGGAGGGUGACGGUCAGCGGCUGGGCACUCUGGAGGCAGCAGGUCUCUGCCGUGGCACGAGUGCACUUCCUAAAGCUCAAGGGCUCGGUGAAGAACCUCCUCUCCAUUUUGCUGCUCUAUGUGGUUUUCCUGCUCCCCCUGGUUUUGCAACUGGCGCUGGUCACUGUCUGGGAGAACAUGAGCGCCUGGGAGCUCUGCUCCUCGCGGUAUUUCCUGCCCCUGCGGACGAGGGCUCACGCUGAGACCACCAACCUGCUGGUGCUCAACAGCACAGGCUCAGGCAUUGAGGACUUUAUCCACGCUCUUGAGAGCCAAGAUCUCUCAGUGGAAAUUACAAGCAAGGAAAAUAUCACAGAGGAGCUGAAAUACAAUGGGGCCAUUAAAGUAUCUCGUGAAGGCCAGAGCUACAGGUUUACCAUCUUUUGCCACAUGGAGGCCAUCAACUGCUUCCCAGUGCUUGUGAACAUCAUCAGCAACGCUCUGCUGAGAGCUUUCAAUUCCACUGCACACAUCCGGAUCUGGAACCAUCCUUUUUACUCUAUAGAUAAUCCACGAUUCUGGGAUUACUUUGUUUCUUUCUACCUUACCUACAUGCUGCUGCUAUUCCCAGGUUUCCCUCCUCACUUUGCAAUGGGCUACCUGCAGGACUACAAGACAGGAGCUUGUGCCCAGCUGCGGGUCUCGGGGCUCUUCCCCUCGGCGUACUGGUGUGGGCAGGCACUGGUUGACGUCCCACUCUGCUGGCUCCUUCUCUUCUCCAUGUUCGGGGUUCAGUUUGCAAUGAGCAACAAGGUAUCUGGGACCGCUGACAGCUUCUUCUUGCUGAUCAUGGGUGCUUUCGGCUAUGGAGUUUCUAUCAUUUUCUUCAUCUAUUUGAUCUCCUUCUUCUUUCGGAAAGGAUGGAACUGUGAUUUUUGGUCUUUUAUCCUAAUAGUGGUAUGCCUUGUUACUUUUGUUAUCAGCAGAUUCAUGGAUUAUGCAGUUGACCCUGAAAUCUCGCUCUACCUCCUGUCUCUGCUGAUCCCCAUGUACCCGCCAUUGGCCGUCAUGAUCAACAGCGAGCAGAUUUUUAUAGAAGACCCUGACUUAAUUGAAGCCAUGCCACACACCAACGUACUAAUAGCUGUCUUUGCACCUUACAUCCAUGUUGUGGUUUUCGUUUUCCUUCUCCGUUAUUUGGAGAUAAAAUACGGAAGACCAGUUCUGAGAAAGGACCCAGUAUUUAGAAUUUCCCCAAGAAAAGAGAACAGCCAUCAGCAUCCCGAGGAGUCCGAAGAGGAAGAUGAAGAUGUUAAGGCUGAAAGAGAAGCAGUGAGAAAUGCCAUAGCAACUCCAAGUCAGGAGGAGAAAUCAGUUAUUAUUGUCAGUAAUCUCUACAAGGAGUAUAAAAUAAAGAAAGCCGGUUCCGUUUUUAGGAAGAAGAAGAAAAUGGCCACCAAAAAUAUUUCCUUCUGUGUUAAAAAAGGAGAAGUGUUAGGACUUCUGGGGCCCAACGGAGCUGGUAAGAGCACAGCCAUCAAGGUGAUUGCUGGGGAGACAACGCCGACAGCUGGGCAGGUGCUGCUGAGGAGCCGAGGCGCCGUGCCGUGCUGGCUGCAGGACCACGAGCUUGGCUACCUGGGGCACUGCCCCCAGGAGGACCCACUAUGGCCAGACCUCACUGUGCAGGAGCACCUGAAGGUCUACGCCGCCGUGAAGGGCGUGCACAAAGAGGACAUGGCCACUGCCAUCCACAGAUUAGUGAAUGCCCUGGAGCUUCAAGGCUAUUUAAAAAAGCCAACCAGAAAACUACCUGCUGGGAUAACCAGAAAGCUGUGCUUCGCUGUGUGCAUGCUGGGCAACCCUUCGGUCCUGCUGCUGGACGAGCCAUCGACCGGCAUGGACCCCAACGGGCAGCGCUGCAUCUGGAAAAUGAUUCGUGCUGCCCUGAAAUCCCAGGAGACGGGUGCUGUGCUGACCACACACUACAUGGAGGAGGCAGAGGCAGUGUGCGACCGCGUGGCCAUCCUGGUGGCUGGGCAGCUACGGUGCAUCGGCUCCAUUCAGUACCUGAAGAACAAGUUUGGCAAAGGCUAUCUGCUGGAAAUUAAAGUCAAGGACCCAGAGAGCACUGAUCUUCUCCAUGCUGAGAUUUUGAGGAUUUUCCCGAGUGCUGCCCGUCAGGAGCGGUUCCCCUCUUUGCUCGUCUACAAGGUCCCAAUGGAAGAUGCACUGCCCCUAUCUCAAUCUUUCUCCAAGCUAGAAGAAGCCAAACAAAACUUCAACCUCGAGGAGUACAGCUUCUCUUUGAAUACUUUGGCUCAGGUCUUUUUGGAACUCUCCAGAGAGCAGGAGAAGGAUAAUUUUGAUCUAACCUUGGAUGGCCCUUUUGAAUGGAAACAACUUCAGCAGGAGGACAGUUAAAGGUCUAAGAUGCUCAUUUACACAUUACUCUGUAUUAGCCUAAGUGAUGUGAUAACUGCACGUAUCUACUACCAUUAUCGGCGUACCAGGAGGAGGAGCAGGCUCUGCCUCACCCGGAGCAUCAGCCAAGGGCUGCUCCCUGAUGCAGAAGGCAUUUCACCGGGGCUACGCAGGUGCCUACACUGAGCUCUGCCCCAAGAGAGUUUCCAAUGGCUGCUUGUUGAAACCGUGCCUGCACCAGUGGGAGCUCCCAUCAAGCAGAGCAGGCUGGAGCAGAGGGACCAGGAAGGAUUGCAGAGAGGUGGCUCCUAACCCAUCUCUGAGGUCAAGGCUUUGCUUUGCUUGGUGGAUCUGGGGGCAUCAUUGAGUCUGGACACACACUGCCAAUCUCCUCAGUUCAUCUCCCACCCACGCAUGGGAGUAGGAGAUGCCUUUAAUUAUAUCUUAUUAAAAUUCACACUCUAUUUUUUAUAUCCUUCCAAUAAAUGUCUGCAUAGAACCCACGGUUAUGCCCUCACCUUA